AUACCUGGCCCCUAUGUUGCUUUCUUAAAAAAAUAAAAGUACAAGAGCAUUACAUGGUCCAAGGAGAUUUAAGAUUGACAGUUGUUUAGUCUAUUAUCUAAUGUCCCUAAUUAUACUCAAAUUUUUUCUUGUACUAAGUAUAGGCAUUGGACACCUAUAUCCCAGCUGCUCAGCUGAGACAGGAAUGCUCUUUGAGCCCAGGGAUUGUUGGUUGACUUAGACAAUUACUUCAUUUUCUUCCUUUUUUUCCCCAAAGAUUUAUUUAUUAUGUAUAUAGUGUUUUGCCUGCAUGUGAUACCACUAUAGAUGGUCAUGAGCGACCAUGUGGUUGCUGGGAAUUGGACUCAGGAGCUCUGGGAGAGCAACCAGUACCCUUAACCUCUGAGCCAUCUCUCCAGCUCCCUGUUAUCUUCCUUUUUUAUUAUUUAUUUUGAAACAUUCUUAGAGGCUGGCCUCAAACUUUUAGCAACUCCCCUGCCACAGAUCCCAAAUACUGAAUUGCAAGCUUGCACCACCUCAUCUAGCUGGUAGGACUUUGUUUUCUGAGAUAGGGUCUCACUGUGUAGCACAGGCUAUUUUCUAAUGAUCCUACCUCAGUAUCCCUAGUGCUGAGAAAUUCGGGCAUGCACCACCACACUCAAUGUAGCUGUUUCCAUCCAUAAUCUAGGGAAGAAAUCCUAUCCUGGCCAGUAAUAGGCUUCCUACUCUAUCCACGUGAUUCUCAUCUCUCUCGGGGAGGGGGAUAGGGUAGGGCGGGUCUGGAGAGCUAGAAUACAUCAUUCUGGACUUUACACCCCUCCCUUCUCUGUCCAUUGGGAGGCAGAAGACAGGAAAUGACUGCCAUGGAUGUGGUAGGAUUUUUACCAAAACAGCAUUUUUGUAAUUCAGGCCCCAUACCAUCCACAGAUGUUUUCCUGUCUGAUACCAGCCAGGUGCCCGCCCUCCUCUGAAAAUACUCCUGUCCCCACCCCUUCACAUGACUGUAGCCUUUGGAUUCUCAGUUCCUGGCCGUUUUCCACAUUUCAUUCCUGUCAGAACCCAGGCAUCCUGACUUCCAGCUGAAACCGCUGCAUGCGGCUUCCCCUAUUCCUGGCCCCCGUGACUCAGUCCCUCUGAGGGAACCAGCCCUCUUCUUGGCAAUCAGGGGCUAGGUGGUGACAUCAGGGUAUAAAAGUUCUCAGCCAAAACAGAAUUGAAGAUACAACCUGACAGUGGCCUGUGACAGGGACCUCUCCGCCUGAUAUCCACAGAUGUCUGGAGGCAGAUUCUCACUGUGUCAAGGCCUAUCCACCGGUGAGAGGCUGCUGUGGUUCCUGGGAAGAGGGUUGACAGGGAGGAUCCUGGAGUGCUUGGCAGGAUUUGCACAAAUGCAGACUCCAUGUUGGGCUCUCUUUACCUUCUGUGGCUUGUGGCCAUGACCACCUCCUUGGUUUCCAAAGCUCAGAUCUUGACCCCCCAGGACUACGAGGAAAAGGAAGAGGGUUAUUGGACGGUAACCACAGCUUCCCUGGCUGUCCGUUGUGACUAUGACCGAUGCCGCCACCUUCAAGUGCCCUGCAAGGAGCUGCAGAAGGUUGGGCCAGUGGCCUGCAUGUGCCCAGGGCUCUCCAGGGAGGAUCAGCAGCCAGAUCCUCCACGUCUGGGAGAAGUGCAAAUUGUGGCUCAGGAAAGCUGCGUGGUGGUCCACUGGUGUGCUCCGUUCUCUCCAGUCAGCCACUACUGGCUUCUGCUUUGGGAAAGCAAUGGGGCUCCACAGAAGAAUGGCCCCCUCAAUGCUACAGUUCGAAGAGCAGAGGUGAAGGGACUGAAGCCUGGCGGUGCUUAUGUCCUUUGUGUGGUGGCUGCUAAUGACGCUGGUGAGAGCCAUGUUCCUGGGGCAGGUGUUGAGGGUUCUGAGAACUGGGCUGGUCCUUCCUUUGGGCCCUGUCACAAGCUUAUCAUGCCACCUAGGCCUACCACCUUAGUCCAUGCAGCUGUGGGAGUAGGCACAGCCCUGGUUCUGCUGAGCUGUGCAGCCGUGGUCUGGCAUUUCUGCCUUCGUGAGCGGUGGGGUUGCCCCCGACGUCAAGGUACUGCCCAAGCUUCAGAAGCUCUCUGAUAGGUGUCCCUUCCACUACAAACAACUCUAGUGCAGUCCAGCCACAUCUGGAGAGCCCAACCCACUCCCAGGAGGAGCGUGGGGCUUGUUGCCAUCUGGCACCAGUGGCACAGCCAAGCCAGAGCAGAAGCCCAGGCAAUUGGCCUCGAGAUUGAGAGCUUGUUUAGUUUCUAACUGGUCACUAUGUUUCCUGUUGGGGGCUAGAAAGGAACAGCAAUUAUUCCUUGGGGGUCAGAUGAAAAUGAUUUAAGCUUUAUGGGCUUUAGGGGAUAAAAUUAUAGACAUUAUGUAUGUACUUAUAUAUAGCCAGUUAAAAUGGAGCUCUUGAAGGUCUACCAUGGUAAUCUACAAUUUUAAUCUCCAGUACCCUGAAGGCAGAGGCAGUCAGAGUUUCCAGGGCAGCUUGAUCUAUAUAGAAAAAUUUCAGGCCAACCCAGAUUAUAUAGUGAGAUUCUGUCUCAAAAAAAAAAAAAGAAAGAAAGAAACAAA